AUGCGCGCCACGCCCACCCUCACGCUCCUCGCCGUCGUCGGCCUGGGCGGCCUCGUCAACCUCGCCAGCGGCUUCGCCGUCCUCCCCUUCUCGUUCAACAGCGCCAUUGACAAGCGCCAGUACAACCAAUGCGAGAUGGCGACCGGCACGACGACCUGCAUCGCCUUCUGCGCCAAGGAGAUGGCCAAGGUCGCGGAGGAGUUCUGCCUGGACUCGUACUGCCACGUCAAGCACAACACCGACAGGUUCUGCGGCCUGUGCGAGUGCAGGUGCCACAAGCCUCCUGCUGAGUCUGAGUGA